AUGGAUUUCGGGAUAAAAAAUUCACAAGUUGAAACCCUAAGAAAUACUAAUGACGUUAAUCAUAAUAGUAGUAAUACAAACAAUAAGAUUAAUCUACAUGAAUCAGUGGUGGUAAAAGAUGUGAAAUCCGCAUUGGUAACCAAUAGAAAAAUACAACGAAAACUUCAUGAUCAACGUCAGUUAGAUUCGCUUACAUCUGAGGCCCCAAAAGGGAUUACGGCGACACAUAAUUUUAAACGCGCUAUUCAGCUUACAAAAGAGAAGGUUACAAAGGUCAGUUCAAUGAAUACACUAAACAUUCCGAUGAAAAUUUACAAAUUAACAGAGCCUUGUGCUAAAAUUCAGAUUGCGGAAGAAUGCCGCAAGUUCAACAUUCGAUUUCGUGAUAUUGAGUUCGAUAUCAGCAAUACAGAUGCAUCUCUGUACAAUAGUCACGAUCCGGAAAAGGACUAUAGCAAACGCAUAACCGAUUGUAAAAGAAUAAACAAAAUUUUUGAGGAUCCCAAGUUUUUCUCAAAGAGUGUUGAUGCGGAUGAUAUAGAACAAGGAGGAAUUGGUGACUGUUGGUUCUUGUCAUCGGUAUCUACGUGCUCUAAUAUUCCGGGGUUAAUCGAAACAAUAUGUGUAUCACGUGACGAAGAAGUUGGAGUCUACGGAUUUAUCUUCUUCAAAGAUGGUGAUUGGAUCUCUACAGUAGUCGAUGACCAAUUAUACACACACAUCGACCCUGAGACUAAAAAAGAAAUACUAACUUUUGGACGUUGCAAAGAUCACACUUCAACUUGGUUACCAUUACUCGAAAAGGCCUACGCGAAAAUACAUGGUGACUAUGAGAACAUCGAUCUCGGAUCAAUAGGACAUGGUUUAGAAGAUCUGACUGGAGGAGUUGCCAACAUAUACUCGACAAUAGAUAUUCUCGAUACCGAGCGUUUCUGGAAUGAGACAAUUUUAACCUUAAACAAAACGGCUGUUUUGGGUGCUGGACAUUCAGCUAAUUGGACUCCCGAUCCUGAAGGUUUAGUUGAUAAUCAUGCGUAUAGUAUAUUAGAAGCUAGAGAAUUAAAUGGAGUGAAGCUUUUGAAAAUUCGAAAUCCGUAUGGAGGAUUCCCUGAAUGGACAGGUGCUUGGAGUGACGGAAGUGAGCAAUGGACACCAGAGAACUUGGCAGCAUUAAAUCAUAAAUUCGGCCUCGACGGCGUAUUUUGGAUGGCAUACGAAGACUUUCUCACAUUUUUCGCUUUCCUUUUCAAGUGCCAAAUUUUCGAUUCUUCAUGGAAUGUGUAUUCUGCGUGGAUAAAUUAUAAUGUUAAACCGAAAUCGGAUGGGAAAUUCAGGUUUACAUUGAAAGAACGUGCCAAAGUUAUAAUUGUACUUCAGCAGCCUGAUUCUCGAUAUUUUCAUGAGCCACCAAAAUUCCUAUAUAAUCUUAAUUUUAGAAUAAUGGACACCACAGAACAAAAAUUCAUAAUACGCAAUCCAUACACCAUUACGGGAUUUGCUUUCGACCGAAGCACAAACGCAGAACUAGAACUCGAUGCCGGCACAUACGAAAUAUUACCACGUAUAGAGGCAGUCGUGAAUCCAGAAGCGUCUGAAAUAGCCAAUCGUCCAGUGCUAGCAGCAUCAGUUCAACUCAUCGACGCAAGAGCAAGACUCGCUAAAGGAACAAAUGUUACAACAUUAGACGGCGCAACUGUUCCGGAAACUGGAAUGCCUGUUUUUGUUCCAUCUACUUCUUCUCAUACGCCAUAUAUUGAUCCCGAAUUGGCAGCAAAUAAAGAUAGACGCGGGUUAAAUUUGAAGGAUGGCGUUGAUGGAAAUGAUGAUGGAUAUGACGAAGGCGAUGAGAAUCAACAACACAUUCAGAAAAAUCGAUGGGAUUUGAAAUUGGGAUUGAGAUUGUACACCCAAAGCGAUGGUGUGGUGUUUAGUGCGCAUCAGGGAGAGUAUCCUGUAAAUUCUAGUGUUAAUGAGUUUGAAAGUUUCUACGUUUGA